CCACCACAACCACCUAUGCGUAUCAGAAUCAGUUUCACGAUCCCUCCUCAUCAACCACACUUCCAUUCUCUUCUCAGUUCUCACCGUGCAGGCGUAGUGCGUAGUGUGCAGAGGCCAGGACAGAAAAGAGAGGCAGCGCAGUAUCCAUCCAACCACGCCGUCUUCCUUCCGCCGCGAGGGCUUCCGCUGCAGCGCGAUCGCCGCAUUCCACCCUCUUCCUUCCUGGGACAGCAGGGCUUUGGCACUCGACUCCUCCGCCACAGCUCCAACCAAAGCAAAGCGGUUUUCAAGCUUGCCAGUGUCAGUGCAAUGGUGACUAGCAAAUCCUCGUGGAGCCAGGUUGUAAAAAAUACCAGGCCGACAAACCUGUCCGUUGCUGCAAGAAACCUCCAACCACAGGACCUUGGAGCCGUGAUAUUUGGUUGCACAAACAGUACCAUUCAAGAGUGUCACUCACGGCAACUUUUUGGCUUGCCAAAAACACAUAUUUCAUAUGUACGAAACAUUAAGGAAGGACUACCUCUCUUCCUCUUCAAUUAUGAUGAUCGAAGAUUGUAUGGUAUUUACGAAGCUUCAGGGAAUGGAAAAUUCUGUCCUGAAUCAAAUGCAUGGUCACAAGAUAGCAAGGGCAAAACAAGCUAUCCUGCCCAGGUUGCAAUGCGGGUAAAGGUGUGGUGUUUUCCGCUAGCAGAGAAUCAGUUCAGAAAUGCAAUUAUAGCCAAUUACUACCAGAAAAUUCCCGGUGUCCCUGGCCAGAAGCUUCAUUUUUUCAAGUUUGAAUUGGAUCAUGCUCAAACACGUGUUUUGAUGGAUAUGUUUACUCCUUCUCCUUCUCCCAACAGUUUCUGGACGCCCCCUGCUGCAGCACCAGCUGACGAGCAUGCGAAAGAAUUAGUGUUGUCACCUGGAUGGGCACCAGAGUGUGAAGGGAACAAUAACCUCAAAUCAGAAAAGGUUGUCAAGUCAUAUGCAGACAUAGUGAAGAAGAACACAUUUGUGGAAGUUGGGACAAGAGAUGUGGAUGUGGAACAUGCAGGCUCAGGUGAUGAAUCUUCUGGUGGUUUCGAUGAACUGGAUUGUCAGUACACACCAACAGAGAGGGAGGACUACGCUCUAUCAGAUAGGGUGGUUCAAGUGCAACAACAGUACCCUGAUAAGCAGGCAGAAGUGCUUAGCUUUGAUCGGGUUUUACAAGGGCGCAUCACUUUUCCUGGUCAGCAGUGGCAUUCUGAUUUUUAUGCCAAUACUACCCAAACUGAGGAUAACGAUGCAUAUAGCUGCGAGUAUGCCCAAGAGGUCAAAUAUGCAAUUCUGGAUGGCAGCUCUAAUUUGCCAGAAACCUUAGAUUCUGAAGUUGAUAAACUGUCCCUGGGGCAUUCUGAUUUGCUGGUGCAGUUGUUGGACUCUGAAUCAUGCACAGAAGCUAAGCUGAUUGAUGCAGUGAAACAGUUAUCUGGACGAAUAGAGGUGAUGGAGAAGAAGCAGGCUUGGUCCAACAAAGAAGUCAAACAUCUACAAGGGAUGAAUGAGAGGUUACUGAAAAGAAUUGUUGAACUAAAGGGAACCGUUAUGACAUUGAAUUCUAAAAUAGAUCCUUUAACCCUAGAUGAUUCACUUAACCAGUUUGUAGAACAAUGUUUGGGUUCAGAAGAUGUCAUUUAUUUAGUUGGUGGUUUUGAUGGCUUCUCAUCUUUGCCAUCACUAGACUCUUUUUCCCCUUCAUUGGACAUACUAACACCCCUUAAACCAAUGGCUGUUGGCAAGUCAUAUUCCUCAACUGUUGCACUAGAGGGCAAGAUAUUUGUUCUUGGUGGUGGUGAUGGUGCUUGCUGGUUUGAUACAGUUGACUGUUAUGACCGAAGCCGUGAUGAUUGGUCCACAUGCCCAUCGUUGACUUGUGACAAGGGGAGCCUUGCUGGGGUUAGUGUCAACGGGAGAAUCUAUGCAUUUGGUGGUGGAGAUGGAACCAAGUGUUUCUCUGAUGUUGAAAUGUUUGAUCCUGUGCAUGGAAAGUGGAUAAAGAAUCAACCUAUGCUGGAAAAGCGCUUUGCUCUAGCUGGUGUAGCACUAAAUGGUGCGAUUUAUGCUGUUGGUGGCUUCAAUGGUGUUCAAUAUUUGAGCUGUGCUGAAAGACUUGAUCCUCGGGAGCCUAACUGGAAAAUGCUACCAAAGAUGAGUGCAGGAAGGGGCUGUCAUACACUUACAGUUCUUAAUGAGAAGAUAUUCUCGAUUGGUGGAUAUGACACUAGGGCUAAAGCAAUGGUGUCUACUGUUGAGGUGUAUGAGCCAAGGAUGCCAUCGUGGGUGAUGGUUGAACCCAUGAACUACACCAGAGGAUAUCAUUCUUCAGCUGUGCUCGGUGGCUCAAUAUUCACCUUUGGUGGGGUGAAAGGUGAAGCAGACACAAUCUUGGAUGUGGUGGAACACUACAAGGAAGGGUGUGGCUGGAUGACAACGGGAUUGAAGUCGAUUGGCAGAAGAUGCUACUGCUCAGCGAUUGUUCUCUGACUGUAACUGCCUUAAAACCAAGUGAGAAUGAGGAGACUGAUAAUAGGUAAAACUAAUAUAUUAAUAUUAGGUAAAAACUAAGAAGGCUCUUGCUUAGCCUGAACUGACAACACUAGACACGAUGGACCUCGUAGUUUCUGAAUCGGCGAACUGUAAAACAAACAUUGAGCUGUUUGUGUUGUCCGACACUGGAUGGUGGGUGGAUGCAUGCAUGAGUGAAUCGGUACUGAACUGAUGUAGAGAUGACACUUCCAUGGAUGAAUAUCCAAGUAUUUGACUCUGUAUGUUGAGCUUUUUCUCUUUCCGGUUCCAGCUUUUUACUAAAGCAGCUUGCCUAAACAAAAAAAGGCACUGUAAAUGGACCUGUGACAUUUACCUGAAUUUGUUUGUCAGGGCGCUUAAGCA